AUGGUGGUCGUGGUGUCGGGACACUGGGGACGCGGCGGAUGCACACGGGACGAUGGGCAGGCGAGGAGGGAGACUAUAUACUGCCCGACCGAGCAGUCUUGCGACGCGCUCAUCGUCCACGGCUUCGCUGGGAACUACAUGGCGGCGGCCCUGGGCAGCUGGCCGCCGCGUGAUGAUCACCCGCAACCCCGGCAAGCCGCAGGCUCUGUUGGGGUGUUGAUCGAGAUCGAACAAGAGAGCGAUAAGUCAGCCAGCGGGGAGCGGCGAGCGGCCCCACUGAUCUCCCCGACACCCCUGUCGCCGACGCCGCCGGGCGUGUCCAAUGGGCCGAAUGCCUGCCGGUGCUUAUGA